AUGCUUCACUCUUACAUAACCGUUCAAUCGAGGGCGGUUAACUUUCUGGAUGAGCGAGCAAACUUGUUAGCCUCACAUCAUUUUCGGUGUUAAAAAGCAGAAUUUCUGCCACACUGACUUUGUGUUCUUCACUCCCACAACAGCGCGGCGGUGACGAUGGAGAAGGUAAACCGGGAGGCGUGUGCUGUGUGUUCGGAGGAGAGUCUCCGCCCUCCGGAGCCGAGCAGCCUGCUGGAUGAGCCGCUCCGCUCUCAGCCACUUCACAAAACUGUUUGCAUACCAGACUCCCCUCAACACUGCGUGCCUGUCCGAACUGGGAUCGCAGAAGUCGGAGCGGUGGAUUUUAUCAGUCGGACACUGCGAGGGGGAAAAUAAAUCACCUCCGUGGACAUCCCAGCUGAUCGGCGUUGUUUUUGUUUUAUUUAAACACUUACCUCCAGCAGUCCCAGUUCUCCUGAGAUCCGGCCGCUCACUGACAUUUUUCGCAGGGAAACAGCUUGUCACAGCCUGAGGUUUUCGGCACCGAGCUGCGCUUUGAGCCCAUGAAAACAGGAGAGGAGAGAGAACUGAGAGAAGUCGUCAGCUUCACCUGAACAAAGAAGAGGCUCAAGCAGAUACACAUGGGGCAGGGAGAAGCUUCAGCACGGGGGACGACCAUGGAGGGGGACUGUCUCAGCUGCAUCAAGUACCUCAUGUUUGUCUUCAAUUUCCUCAUCUUUCUGGGGGGCUCUUUCCUCCUGGGAGUGGGAGUGUGGGUGCUGGUGGACCCCACGGGGUUCAGGGAAAUUGUAGCAGCCAAUCCCCUAUUAUUCACUGGUGUCUACAUCAUCCUGGGCAUGGGAGGCAUGCUCUUCCUUCUGGGCUUCCUGGGCUGCUGUGGAGCCAUCCGCGAAAACAAGUGUCUGCUCCUCUUUUUCUUCAUGCUCAUCCUCCUCAUCUUCUUAGCAGAGCUGGCUGCUGCCAUCCUGGCCUUUAUAUUCCGGGAGCAUCUUACCAGAGAGUACUUCACCAAGGAACUGAAGAGACAUUAUCAGGGCUACAACAACACUGAUGUCUUCACCUCCACAUGGAAUGCCAUCAUGACUACAUUCGACUGCUGUGGGGUGAACAGCCCAGAGGAUUUUAAGGACAGCCUGUUCAGGCUGAUCAACCAAAAUCAUGUGGUGCCAGAAGCCUGCUGCCAGCGUGCCACUCAAAACGGGGAGCUGGCCUAUAUCAGCCAGCAGUGCUUAACAGGCAAUAUGAUGUUCCGCAAUAACAAGGGCUGUUACUCUGCAGUAGUCGACUACUUUGAACUGUACAUCUAUGUGGCUGGAGCGCUGGCCAUUGUGGUGCUGACCAUUGAGCUCUUCGCCAUGGUCUUUGCAAUGUGUCUCUUCAGGGGAAUCCAGUAGAGCUGCUCCGUCUGUGAACUUCUGUGUUUUUGUUUUGUUUUUUUGAAAAGAAAAGGGAAUUCAGGAGAAAAGAACAAAAUGGACACUUGUAAAUUUGUUGAUCUCUUUUUCUAAAGGCUAAUUGGUAGAAAAACAAACUCUCAAACUCCUGUACUUCACAGCUGGACUUUUGAGGUACUGGGUGGUAAAAAACAAAAAAAAACCAACAAAAACAACAACACAUAUACACACUCACACAUACAUUGAGAAAAAAGUGGGAGAUCAGAGACAAAACUGAUAUAAAAAAGAUUUGUGUGUAAAGCGGAAACAGUAAUCUUUGGACCAGGUCUAGCACAGACUGGGCGUAACGUGGACCAGGCAUGAGGACCAGGUGAAGCCUGAGCAGAAGGCACUGCACUGACUUUUGGAUGAAGAAUAUUUAUAUUAAGUAAAGUUGGCUUAACUGUAAAAAAACAAAAACAAAAUGUGUUUCAUGUACACUUUGGCUGUUACCCUUUCCCCUUUCAUACUGUAUAAUGUAACACACUCCCUCCCUACAUAUGCCUUUUUUACAGCCACUCUUCUUUAAUGCUGUAUUAUAUAAGCUGUGUGUGUGUGUGUGUGUGUGUGUGUGUGUGUGUGUGUGUGUGUGUGUGUGUGUGUGUGUGUACAUACUUGAUGCUCUUUUUGAAUGUGUAUGUGUGCAUGUGAGCUCGUGGCUCUCCAUGAACCCUCCCAAGCUUGAAAGCCGACUUUCUUUUUCUAUCUGUAUGGUGAUGUUUAUUGCAGUAGUGGUCAUAUGUGGUUUUAGGUGGUGAAAUGUAUGUGCCUGCAUUUGUAUUAGAUUCUUGAAAAGUCAAUGACAUAAACGGCAUUCUAAAUGAC